GUGGCUACGAGCCGGCCAUUACCGGGAAAAAUAGAAGAAGGUUUGAGGCGGUUGUCCAUUUUGGAUCGAGUGCAGCGUGAAAGUAUUACUUUGACCACAUCUGCUCCUCAAAGUGUUGCUUUGAGAAUAUCUGCUUGUGAAGCCCCUUCUGUAAUAUCCGCCAAGAAGCACGUACACGUCGUGUAAAAGUUUCACUUCGUGGAAGGAAGGAAGGCCUGACUGGAGCAUCAUGAGUUACGGAAGGCCUCCGCCUGACGUCGACGGCAUGACUUCUCUCAAAGUGGACAACCUGACGUACAGAACCACGCCCGAAACUCUGCGACACGUCUUUGAGAAGUACGGCCGGGUAGGGGAUGUCUACAUCCCCCGGGACCGCUACUCCAAGGACAGCCGGGGCUUCGCCUUUGUCCGCUUCCACGACAAGCUGGACGCCGAGGACGCCAUGGAUGCCAUGGACGGCGCGCUCUUGGACGGACGCGAGUUGCGGGUUCAAAUGGCUCGCUACGGCCGACCCCCCGAUUCACAUCACGGGGGCUCCAGUCGCCGAGGUGGACCCCCCAGGAGAUACGGGGGCUCCGGUCGCCGGAGCAGAAGCCCGAGACCCAGGAGACGCAGCAGGUCCCGCAGCAGAUCCCGCUCUCGCUCCCGAGGCCGAUCCCGCUACAGCAGGUCCCGCUCCAGGUCUUACUCCAGAUCCAAGUCCCGCUCCCCCAGGAACAAGAAGACCAACGCCAAUUCCAGGUCCAAAUCCCGGUCCAAGUCUGUCAGCCGCAGCCCCUCUCCCAAAAGAGUGUCCAGGUCCAAAUCCAGGUCCAAAAGCCCCCCCAAUUUGUCAGCGGAAAAUGGAGGAGACUCUCCAUAGUAGGUGUGGACGUUGGAGAAGACACGCUCACUCCCUGACCAGGUUGUCCUCCUUGCUCCAGUCCUUGAUUCCGACGUCUUUAUCCCCCUUCGAUUUUAAACAUCUGCUCUCAAGUGAGCGUGCUCGUGUGGCAGGGACACUUUUUAGCAGUUCCACUUCCUGUCCAGGCUGCACACAAAGCCAAGGGCGUCGGUGUGAUUUAAAACUUCAUACUACUUCAUACAGCUACACAUAUUUUUUUUUUUUUAUGUUGAUCCUUAACGCAAGAUUCAGUUUAGUUUCCGUGCCCUAGGCGCACUCGAGUAGCAGUCGUUGCGUGGCCUUCAAGGUGCCACACCUUUUUUGUAUAAGGACUUGUUUGCUUUUCAUUAAAAAUUUUCUCAA